UCAUACUAUUCAGUUUUUGAUCCUGUGUAUAUCACAUAACACAACAUGAGUGGCUACGACUUACCGUCUGAGUUCUACUCACAAUUAACAUCGAAAUAUCAACAAGCUGUAGACAAUGGUCAUGUGCAAUAUAAUGGAGACUCUAAGCAAGAAGAAGUCGUUCAUUUAUCAAAUAUAGAUAUUCAAUUAACUUUAUUACAUUCACUUCAAUUCCGUCCUGAGCAAGGUAGGAAAGAUUCCAAUCCAUUUGCUAAACCUGAACCAGAAUUAACCAUUUUAGAGAAAUAUGGUGAAGAUGAUGAAUUCCGAAUUGUAUUCAAUAAAUUCCCAGUUAUUGCUAAUCAUUUCAUGAUAAUUACUCGAGAAUUUAAAUCUCAAUUAAGUCCAUUAUCAUUAAAUGAACUUAAGGCUACCUAUAAGACUUUGGCUGCAUUGAAAGUAUCAGAUACAACCGAAGAUUGGUUUGCAUUUUAUAAUUCAGGUAGUCAAAGUGGUGCAUCUCAACCUCAUAAACAUAUACAAUUCAUGCCAUUACCUUCUAGAAAUCAAUUCAUUCCAUUUGCUGAAAAAUUGGCUGAUACUUCAGAACCUUUCAUUCCUUCUGCUAAACGUGAUCCCUUACAAGAUCCAUCAUUACCAUUUGCUCAUUAUGUAGUUAAACUUCCAUCUGUUAUAGACAAUUUAGAUGAUCUUGCUUUAUAUUUUGCAUCUUUACUUCAAUCUACUUUGAAUACCCUUAGACAAAAUGAAUCUCAUGAUAUAUCCUACAACUUUAUAAUGACUACUAAAUUUAUGCUUAUGGUUCCUAGAUCUCACGCUAAAUAUAAAAAUCAACUUGGUAUUAAUUCUUGUGGAGUUAUCGGACUUAUACUUUGUAAAGAUGAUCAAUUAUUGUCCUUAGCUAAGAAUGAUGGACCUCUUUCCAUUUUAGAAUAUAUUGGAUUUCCUAAUACUCAUGGUCAAUCUACUGAUGAAUAUAAUUAUUAAUUAAGUAAUAGUAAAAACUUACAUAGAGUAACUAGGUAUGCGCAUCAUUGCCUAAUUGGGAAGUCUACGUUUCCAACCAAUAAAACAACUGAGAAAUUUAGUUACCAUACACAAACUAAAU